CCUCCGCUCCUCCUCAGCUCAACACACACAUCCAUUGUACACAAACGGGGCAGGCGGCUCAUGCAUACACGCGCACCCACACACAUAACAGACACAUCCAUGCACACACGUCCACGCACACACGCUCAGCAUCGAUCGUGGCUCCUUUAAGAAAGCCUAAGCCAGAAUUAUCACCCCACCUCCUCUUGAUCUCCUCUAGACGCUUUUGCAUAAGAAAAUCAAGCCGGGAGCCGAGAGUGAUCAAAGAAAACGAGAGGAGAGCUGCUUCAUUUUUUAACUCUGAUUGUGACCAUUAACGUUGAGGUGGUGCCGAGCCCGUGGAGACGCGCGUCGGACCAUCAUUCAUCCGGUACUUUUGACAAGCCCUCGCAUUUUGACUGACAGGCGGAGAGGCAAAAAGCGAUGAGAGUCGCCACUUUUGUUUGAGGGGGCUGUUUUAUUUUCAUCCUGGUUUUGGGGGAGAGGAGCCUGGCGCCGCUGCCCCGAGGAGAGGACAGCCGAGGACCUAUUCGCCGCGCCUGGGCUUAAACUUGCGCUGAGAGCGGGGGCUGGUUGCACAGUUCCGCGGAGAGAAGACGGCAUACGGGAUUUUGGCUGAAACAUCUUCCAGUUUUAUUUGGAUUUCUUUCUUCAUUUCGUCUCCACCCUGGCCUCAGAGGGGAUUUAUCUAGAGUGAAAGGACGACCAGGGAGUCAGGAGGGUUAUGGCGCAACGGUACGAAGACUUGCCCCACUACGGGAUGGACGGAGUGGGCAUCCCAACCACCAUGUACGGAGACCCGCACGGCGCCCGCUCCAUGCAGGCGGUGCACCUCAACCACGGGCCCCAGCUGCACUCGCACCAGUACCCGCACACCGCCCACACCAACACCAUGCCUCCCAGUAUGGGCUCCUCCGUCAACGAUGCUCUCAAGAGAGAUAAAGACGCGAUAUACGGGCACCCCCUGUUCCCCUUGCUUGCACUGAUUUUUGAGAAAUGUGAAUUAGCGACGUGCACCCCCAGAGAGCCCGGGGUGGCAGGAGGAGACGUCUGUUCAUCGGAAUCCUUCAAUGAAGACAUAGCAGUGUUUGCAAAACAGAUUCGAGCAGAAAAGCCUUUAUUUUCAUCAAAUCCAGAAUUGGAUAAUCUGAUGAUUCAAGCCAUUCAAGUUUUACGAUUUCAUCUUCUGGAGCUGGAGAAGGUGCACGAGCUGUGUGAUAAUUUCUGUCAUCGGUACAUCAGCUGCUUGAAAGGCAAGAUGCCCAUCGACCUGGUCAUAGACGACAGAGAGGGAGGCUCCAAAUCAGACAGCGAGGAGAUCACGAGAUCAUCGGUGGCCCUUGAUCAGACGUCCUGGAACAGAGAUCACGAUGACACAGCGUCCACGCGUUCUGGAGGAACGCCGGGGCCGUCAAGUGGUGGACACACAUCACACAGUGGCGACAACAGCAGUGAACAGGGUGAUGGCCUGGACAACAGCGUAGCCUCACCGAGCACAGGGGACGACGAUGACCCGGAUAAAGAAAAGAAACGCAACAAGAAGAGGGGGAUCUUCCCUAAGGUGGCCACCAAUAUAAUGAGAGCAUGGCUCUUCCAGCACCUAACACAUCCAUACCCAUCAGAAGAACAGAAGAAACAGCUGGCACAAGACACAGGCCUCACCAUCCUACAAGUGAACAACUGGUUCAUCAACGCCAGGAGGAGAAUAGUCCAGCCCAUGAUCGACCAGUCAAACCGUGCAGUAAGUCAAGGAGCUCCCUACAAUCCAGAUGGCCAGCCGAUGGGGGGCUUCGUCAUGGACGGCCAACAGCACAUGGGAAUCAGACCACCUGGACCCAUGGGUGGCAUGGGCAUGAACAUGGGAAUGGAAGGUCAGUGGCACUACAUGUAGCCCCGCCCCAGUCUGAGCGAUCGCAACACAAAGGAGGAUAACUGCAGAGCGAACCAGAGCACCAUGUGUCUCGCAGAGGCCUACACAGCAUGGGGACAGGACAUCUUGACUUACUGAUGACAACAGGAACCCCCAUCAUUUGCCUUCAAGACCUAACAAUUUGACUGACGUCAGCAACGUGGAAACCACGGCUGCCUACAAUUCUUUUCUGUGUAUCCAACAACUCAAGACGCACAGAAGAUCCAAUCUUGUCCAGUCCACGUGAGCCCCUGCUCCCUCUCUGGUGGGCGCUAGACUCUGCCCUCUUGCCUCUGCCUUCUACGUCCUUAAGGAUUCCUCCAUUAAAAGUGAUUGUGAUCGAAAGCAUUGAUGACACACUGUGUCCUUUGCCUGUACCUUGGGUGAAUGCAGCACCUGGUGAUGUAUUUUGGACUCUUUGGCGAACAAAAGAGACUUCCUAUGAAGAGCACUCCACUCUUUGGGAUGAUGGAAUUGGACCAAGGAGAAGCCAAUGUCUGUAUCUGACAGGACACUUACAAAGUAAAAGAGGUGCCCUUUAAAAUAUUGAGGAUUGAAACCUGGAAGGAGGGAAAGCGAGAGAAAAGAAAUAAAAAGUAUAACUAUAUCAAGCCCUGGUUUGGGAACCGAAUGGAGAAAGAAAAUAUACUGUAUACUGUUGUAAAAUUACGCUGGACUCUCACAAGAACUGGGAAUUUAAGUAUUGUAAAUGCUAUUGUAUUGUUCUGCAUAUUAUGUUGUUUCUAAUAGAUUUUUUAAAAAAGGAUGUGAACUUUUUUCUCUUUUUUUCUUCAUUUCUUUUCACACUAUGUGUGUGCAGUCUCAAAUUUGACCCCCUGCCCCCUCCCUCCAUUGAAUCACGAUGCAUUUUUAAAAAGAAAAAAGUGAAUAAACUGAUGAUUCGAUCA